UUUUUUCCCCUUCUCCUGUCACUGUGGUGUUCGAUUCUGUGGUUCAUUUUAAAAGUUGGUUUACAUGGGUCAGCACAAUGGAUACUGUAACAGUGCCUUACGUCUCCUGCAUAAAGUUGAGAGGUUCUCCAAUCCUGCCCCCUGUGAUGACUGCUGUUCGUCGAAAGGAAAUGCAGCAAUACAAAGAGCUUGCAAUCUGUAUCGAGAAGCGAUUGCUAUACAGCAAACGAGUGAGCAUGGAUAGCGGAUUGGGAACUGCAACAAAUUGUGACGUUGCAACUGGCAGAGAAGCUACCAUCUCUCCUCAGAAUAAUCUCUCUGCUGUCGUCAGUAACACUUUGAAUCUCACUGACUGUAGUAGUAGCAGUGAAUUUGAAUGUGAUGAAGUGUUAGUAAAACAUGUAAAGCUAUCAGAAAGUAACAUGCCAUCAUCAAAUGUUGAUUCUCUUCACCACAGUGAUACACCAUCAUCAAAUGUUGAAUCGCAGUACCAGAGUUAUACGCCAACAUCAAAUCAGUUGGUUGUGGACUCAUACAAUGAUGACAGUGUAAAGAAACCAGACAGUGAUGCACAGCAAGCAUCUGAAACUACCAUAACACCCGAAGUACAUGAUGUGGAGAGGAAAAGCGAUCAGUUAGACGAAACUUUCAGCUCUGUCGCAAUGUCUGCUAGCACAGACUUGAAUCGAUACGGCGACAUGAGCUUGACUUCGUCCACCACGUCUCUGCUGGGAGGCGAACAGCAGGAGAGCGUGUUGGCGGUGCUGGAGCCGUUGCCGCUGUGCGUGUCUGGUCUCAGGCUGCAGCACAAGUCCCUGAUGGGUGACGGGGCUGAGGAGACUGCUGCUGAGGCCCGUGCAGAGAGCGCUCGCCCCCGGUUGGUGCGCAGCAACUCGUACACGCUCGAGGCGCCGAGCCCUGUCCUGCUGGCUCACGUACAACAGGCGAGGAGAAACUGUUUGUCACGAGACAGCUUGUUGCCACGCCGGAAGACGUGGACUGUGCCGUUGGACGAGGGCGCUGACAGAAAAUUUGCGUUUGCGUUACCCCUGCCUGUCGAGGAUGUGUGCACCGGCAAGAAAUUAGAUGUUUACAAGCAGCUGUCGACAUCUUUGCCUGGUAGCUCAUCAUCGAGCCCGGUGAAACUGGAACCGGCAUAUGCUUCUACAGAUUGUGUUCUACGUAAAAUUCUUCCUUUUACUCAGCUUAAAAAUUCUGUUGAAAACAAAUUGAGCACAGCAAGUGCCCUAGACUGCAAAUCAAACGGUUCUUCCCAGUCCUUCGACUCUUCCAACCAUGUCUCCCACUUGGGUGUGGUGUGUGCCACUCAGAGGAAUAAAGACAUCAGACAGCUGUUUGCAGAACUGCAGUCAAACUAUGAAAAAGAGAAAGCUGAGCUCCUGGCCAAACAGAAGCAGGAGCAGGAAGAAAUGGAGAUGAUGUUUCGAGACCAGUGUGAGCAGCUUGUUGCAGCCAUAACCAAUCAGUGCCCGCAACCUGCCGCAGCCAAGAAUGAUCUUCCUACUAGUUCCAGUUCGGCCUCACCACCCAGCAAGCUGCCGGUUGCCAAGGCCCGGAACUUACGAAAAGCAUCAACUUCCACCAAUCAUGUUUACAAAUACUCUGAUGCUGAGCACAAGGCAGCUAGUGUUAUUGAAGCUGCGGCACGAGGCUAUUUGGUGCGGCGUUUGAUGAGAACUGAGAAAGUGCGUGCGCUCAAGGCCACCAUACAGGACACAGUGAAGUGUGCUCUGAGGUUGGAACAAGACUGCCGGGAUGAAGUCACUCCAGCCGAUGUGGAGCUCCACCGCGGGCUCAUCACACAGAUCGUGCGAGGACUCCCGUCGGCCGAAGAGCUGCCCGAGCGGUGCUGCUCUGUGCCGGUCUCCCAGUGGCAGCAGCAGGGGAAAUUCUAUUGUGUCGGUCCCAGGUGAGUAGUUUUAACUUGUGUUCACUCUGCAUCGCACCAUAAAUCUGACACAAUUGUAGGGUUAUGUGAAUUUCUUUCCAUUCUUCAGCAAUAAAAAAAAAUGAAAAUUAAAUGACUAGGAAUAUUCUUGGUUCGUCUCAUGAUGAAAAUUGUUUUCUCUUAAUUAUACAUAUACAUAUAUACAGUAUUUGCUAAUAGGUAAACUCGUAAAACACAGGAAAACAUUUACAUAAAAUUCCCAGUUACAUAGUAUGGCUAUUUAUAGUGUAUCAUUUCCAGAUCUAAAAUUUUAAUUUAUAUUAAAUUUUCAAUAGACUGAAAAAUACAAACAAAAUAAUUUCAUUUAUCAGUUUAGCCACAGUGAAUUUUCAACUAAUUUUUAAGGGAGUAUUAGUUGAACGGUAUAAAAGUUUAUCAUAUAGCUGUGAGUUACAAAAAAAAAAAUUGAUAACAUAAAAACCUUUUCCAUUGAAAAACUCUUCUAUGUGCCAACUUUCAUGGCAAUUGGUCAAACGGUUUCAGAAUUUAUUUAUUGUGUCAUACAUACCAACAUUGUGUGUGUGUGUGUGUGUGUUUUUUUUUUCUGGUAAGUUUGUAAUGUUUUUAGUGACUUAAGUUUCACAAAAUUAAAAUUUAUAUAUAAUGUUUACUUUUUGUGCAUGAUUUCAUGUCAAAGUUUUAUUUUUAAUAUUUUUUUUUGAUACUGGUAAAGAUGCUGUGUAUUUCUUUUGGAAAAAGUGAAAAGCACAGUUAGUGUGAGAAUUGACAAUGGCAGAAGAUAAUGCUGAAAUACCUACUAAGUGUAAUGUUAGAUUUAUAGACCUUCAGAAUUUGUUUAAGAAUAGUGUUAUUUCUUUCAAACAGUGUCUCAUAGAGAAAAAUGCAUAAAAUGAAAAUUGUUUGAAAAAUUAAUUCAGAACAAGUAUAUUCAUUUUCCAUAUACCCAUCAUUUUAGUAACUGGCAAAUUUCCACACAACGUUCAGUCCCAGUGUUUUCAACAAAAUGUAAAUUAUUAACUUUUAUGCAUUCACAUCUAUGGAAACAUUUAAUUGAAAAUCUACACACACUAUCAGCCAUAUGCAAGAACCCUUUUUUUUAGACUCCCUAAAAUGAAAAGUUAGCCUUAACUAUACUGCAAGACCAACCUUCAACCUCCCUUUUUGAGGACGUCCUAAAUUUCAAGUAAAAGAAGCUGUCAGGAAUUAGGCUGCCGGAUCCGAACCUUAAGGACUUCUACAUCAAGAAGGCGAACAACUUUUCAAAAAACCAAAUUGGUUAAUAAAACUAUUAGUUAAUUUAGAGAGAAAUUGGACUUGUGCUGUUAGUUAAUAAUGAUAUUUUGUCAUAAUGAACAGGAAAAGUUCUGUUGCAUAUUGUUAACAUUUUAAGUACUCUACUAGUGUUAGAUCACUACAGUAUCCAGCACAGACAUUUAUUUAUAGUUGUGUUGUUUAAGUCAUGAUUUAAUAAACAGUUAAAUCUUUCGUGAGUGUGUUAAUGCUUUAAAAUAACAUCGCUGACUAAUUUUAGCUGACAGUGUUUUGGGUGUGAUAUAUGUAGUAUAAUUUUGGCGUUGUAUAACUUAAUUUGUAGGUAUAGUUGGAAAUUAUAAACACAAGCAUUUUUUUUUGUUAUAUUUUUAAAAUGCAAUGUCAAGAAGUUUUUUAGUGCUUUAUUUAAUUAAGAAUUUUAUUUGUAAGUAUUGGGGGAAAAAAAUUAUCAUGCUCAUUUCAUUCAAAUGUUGCUCGACUCAUUUCUGGGGUUGUAGCAAAAACUGAAAUGCAGGAAACAUUUUGGAUAUAUGCCUUCUAGUUCUCCCGUGUAAUUAGUAUUGUGUACAAUAAAGUGAUUUAUGGUGCAAUA